AGCGAGCGAGGGAGAGAUCCAUGGCGAAGACUACCUGCGGGAGGAGCGGCGGGUUCGUGAGGCGGUACACCAGGUCCACGGUGCCCAGGAUGCGGUGGACUGCCGAGCUCCAGCAGAGCUUCCUGCGAGCCGUCGACUGCCUCGGCGGCCCAGACAGCGCCAAGGCAACCCCGAAGCGCAUUCUUCAGCUCAUGGAUGUCGGAGGGCUCACCAUAUCCCAUGUCAAGAGCCACCUUCAGAUGUACAGAUGCACACCGCAUGGCAUUGGGAAGAAAGAGAUGCAGCCACAGCUUCCUCCCAAGAAUCACUCAUUUGCCAUUCAUGAGCAAGGCACCAAAGGAUUCAUAGUCCCGCCCAUGAAAAGGGCCAAGUUUGGGACGACGGGAGUUGCGGCAACAUACACGAGCAUGCAAGGAAACAGUGAUAUGAGGAUGAUGAUGGUGGUUCCUGGCAGCCAGUGCUGCGGCAUUGAUGAUUACGUGCGAGCGCAAGCAAUGUCCAUGGACAGGAGGUGCGUAAACGAGGAGGGCCUCCGGUGGCAGACUGAUGCUGCCGCUUCUGCAAACCUCCAGGAAUUAGGAGGACCUUGGGUGCAAGUGCAAUGGCCUGACGACCCCUCUAAGGUACGCCAGGUUACCAAACCGGAAGCACCCCAUCAUAUGAACCAUACGGCGAGAACACUACCUUCCGUGGAGAGCUACCCAAGUUGGAGCUUCCUGUUCAGCAGUGCGACGACCGGAGAAGACGAGCCGGGCGACUCGGUGGACAACAAACGCUCGCCGUCGCCGUGGUUUGCCUUGGAGCAGAGAGCUCUGAACGACGUCUUUUCCUGUCCCAGCGACAGCAGCUGCGUGCUCUCGCCGUCGCCGAGGAGCUUCAGCGACUGCUCAGGGCCUCCGGGCUGCAGCUUUGCUGGGCAGCAUGUUAACCUGGAACUUUCCCUGUCGAUCCCUGGAUCCUAAAUUUAGGACAUUAUGCUGCAUGCUGUUUCCUGUAAACCUCAAGUCUGAACAUGGUGUUCGUCAUGUUUGCCAGCUGAUUUUGGUCUAGUUCUGUUGCAAUAGUCUUCCAAGUUCCAACUUCCAAGCAUGUAGCAAAUGGACUAGGGAUUAGUGGCUCUAAUAUAUGACAAACGACAAGGCAGUACCUGUCUUGGUUAUUAAGGGUAGGAUUAAUGUUAAUUUCGAUUUUGUAUGUGGUAAGGCUGUCAGUAAUAUUCUCACAAAUUGACAGCGUCACAAGGUGCAUUCUGGUUGUCA